CGUCCCCUUCCCCGCUCUCCUCUGCCGAUUUUGUCAUCCCAAACACUGAAGAUUUCCCAUUUCUUUUUGUCGUUGGGAGGAUCCCUAAUCGCGAUACCGAAUCGGUCGGCUGCGAGUGCUAUAAGGAUCGGAGGGUUCGAGGGACGUUCGCCGUGGGGGACGGAACGCCCUACAUCCACGACGGUGGGAGGAUCACUGGCUGCAUCAUCCGAUAGAAAAUUGUGUAGAUCGGAUCACACAUGAGCAACACUACUCCCUAAGAAGAUUUCAGGUGGUGGUCAUCAUCUUAGUUUGAGAUCUGCCAAAAGAGAGGACCAUAACAAGAUUUAGGUCAAAGAAGGAUCUCUCCCAGUGUAAACUAAAUAUUGUCACCUUUGAGUUCUUGUCACAUACACGCCUUCACAGCUCCCUGUUCUGGCGACUUACCUAAAGGUAGGGGAAGACGGCCCUGUGCAGCCUCAGCUGGAGGACAGGCAGUUAUAUUGCAGAGCUCAUCAGUGUUGUCGAGCUGUCUUGUGUGAGCUUACCUGGAGACCCCGUCGAUGAACAUGAAGCUGGCUGGUAGGAGAAGGUCCCUUGCUGGUUGUUGCGAUCUUGCAUUCAUGCUGGGAUAUGGAUGUCUGUGUCCAAUGGACACAGAUUGCUGCUCUGACAGCUAACUAUACUCAAUAAAAGUUUGCAUGCGAUGCAUUAUAGACGCUACGCAGACAUGGUGUACAGUACCAAAGUCUACCUUGACCAUGCAUGCAUUCCUACAAUGUCAAACAGCGUGCGGCGCCAUGAUAUCCUUGUAACAAGUGACCCAAAAUUGCGCUGUUUUGAACUAUUUAUGAUGGUGACGACAGAGACAUUGUGCAAUUAACUGAGCACUAGAACACCAUGAUUUGGGAAGGAGGGCUUCUUUAAUGGGCGUCGCCAGAUUUCCGGUGACCCGGAGAUUACGGGAUUGUGUGCCCAAGACCAGGAGACAGGAAGAUCGCUGUUCGAGGCUGCCCUCAGGUACCUCUCACUCACUCUCCCAUCAACACUAUUUAUAGGAAGACAUGAGGAAGAAAGAUAGAAACGGAUAGGAAGCUGAGAUCGUCUUUUCUUUCUUUCUGAUAAGCUUCAGUUUGAGAGAUAUGGUCAUACUACUGCAGCAGUAAUAGGAGACGUGCGCGGUGAGUUGGCUUGGAAGUAAAAUGGAAAUGGUGGCCAUCUACUGCUUCAUUGUCUCGAGGUGACAGUGUUUAAAAUAUUCUGCGGAAUCCACUGUCUCGGUUUUGAAGAAGACGACUCGUGCGGGCAUGAGGGAGUGGUUAUUAUUUGAAUGACGGUAUAGUAAACGUGACACGUAUUUCAUCAUGUCCUCCUGCUUUGUACGAAAUUCCCAACACCUUUUCUCGUUUCCGAAAGCAUACAGAGGAAUAACGAUGAAAACAAAGCCCACCUGUACACCAACCCCACCCCUUGGAAUCAAUAAACCCCAUUAAUUCCAAGGACAUUAUUCGUGCUUUUUUCUGGCAACCGGUUGGCAUUAAUUUGCUUCCCAACUAGUCACGACUUACGUACCCGUAAAAGCCCCCCCCCCCCCUCCACCCGUCAUUCUUCAGUCUCCUCUGAGCUCGUCUCAGACAAGGGAAAGUGAGCGGGUGCAGGCAAUGGCGUCCCUCCGCCGCCUUCCCCUCCUCCUCCUCCUCCUCCUCCUCCUUGAACUCGGGCCAUUGGCUGCGGCAGCGGAGGACGGGUCGGAUGUCGAGGCCCUCCUCUCCCUCAAAGCCGACUUCUCCGACGCCACCUCCGCCGUCCUAUCCGCCUGGAACUCUUCCGCUGAUGAUGAUCACUGCUCGUGGCCGGGCGUCUCCUGCGACCCCCUCCAGGGCUUCGUUGUCUCCCUUGACCUCACCGGUCUCAACCUCUCCGGCACGUUGUCCCCCGCCGUUGGCCGCCUCCGUCACCUCCUCAACCUCUCCGCCGCCUCCAACUCGCUCUCCGGCCCCAUCCCCGCCGAGCUCUCCCGCCUGUCCGACCUCCGCCACCUCAACCUCUCCAACAACCUCUUCAACGGUUCCUUCCCCUCCGCCCUCGCCCGCCUCAAGAAUCUCCUCGUUCUCGACCUCUACAACAACAACCUCACCGGCCCCCUCCCCACCGAGGUCGCCGAGCUCCCCGAGCUCCGCCACCUCCACCUCGGCGGCAACUUCUUCACCGGUGUCAUCCCCCCUGAGUUCGGCCGCUGGGAGUUCCUCGAGUACCUUGCUGUCUCCGGCAAUGAGCUCGGCGGCCCGAUACCGCCGGAGCUGGGAAAACUCACCACCCUCCGUCAACUCUACCUCGGCUACUUCAACAGCUUCGAGGGCAGGAUCCCACCGGAGAUCGGCGGCCUCGCGGCGCUUGUCCGCCUCGACAUGGCCAACUGCGGCCUCUCGGGCGAGAUUCCUCCCGAACUUGGCAACCUCCAGAACCUCGAUACGAUCUUCCUCCAGGUGAACGGCCUCACCGGUGACCUGCCGCCGGAGAUGGGCCGCCUCCGCAACCUCAAGUCCAUGGAUCUCUCCAACAACGCCCUCGCCGGCGAGAUUCCCGCCACAUUCGCCGACCUCCAGAACCUGACCCUUCUCAACCUCUUCCGCAACAAGCUUCACGGAUCGAUCCCAGAGUUCAUCGCCGACCUGCCGACGUUGGAGGUACUCCAGCUCUGGGAGAACAACUUCACCGGCGGUAUUCCGCGGCGACUAGGCCAGAGUGGCCAGCUAGAGCUCCUCGACCUUUCGUCGAACAAGCUCACCGGUAACCUCCCCCCGGACCUCUGCUCCGGCAACAGGCUUCAAACCCUCAUCGUCCUCGGGAACUUCCUCUUCGGCCCCAUACCGGAUACACUCGGCCGGUGCGAAUCCCUCAGCCGCAUCCGAAUGGGUGAGAACUACCUCAACGGAUCGAUCCCCGACGGUCUGCUCAGCUUGCCCAGGCUCUCCCAGAUCGAACUCCAGGACAAUCUGCUCACAGGCGGGUUUCCAGACACCGGCGACGCCCUCAUCUCGCCGGACCUCGGCCAGAUUAGCCUCUCCAACAACCGGCUCUCGGGGCCGCUUCCACCGUCUGUCGGCAACUUCUCCGGCGUCCAGAAGCUUCUCUUGAACCAAAACCAGUUCUCCGGCCGCAUCCCGCCGGAGAUCGGGAGGCUGCAGCAGCUCUCUAAGGUGGAUUUCAGCGGGAAUCAGUUCUCCGGGCUGAUAUCGCCGGAGAUUAGCCAGUGCAAGCUUCUAACCUUUGUGGACCUCAGCCGGAAUGAGCUAUCUGGCGAGAUCCCAUCGGAGAUAACCGGGAUGAGGAUAUUGAACUACCUGAACUUAUCCCGGAACCAGCUCGAGGGGAACAUCCCGUCGUCCAUCGCCACGAUGCAGAGCCUCACGGCCAUUGAUUUCUCGUACAAUAACCUCUCCGGCCUCGUCCCUGGCACCGGCCAGUUCAGUUACUUCAAUGCGAGCUCCUUCGUCGGCAAUCCCGACCUCUGCGGCCCAUAUCUCGGCCCUUGCAGCUCUGCGAUUCAAGGCGCUGGCUCCACUCACACAAGGGGGCCGAUCUCGGCCUCCUUCAAGCUGCUGCUAGUCACCGGUCUCCUCAUCUGUUCCAUUGCCUUCGCCGUGGCCGCCAUCAUCAAAGCGCGGUCUCUGAAGAAGGCCAGCGAGGCCCGAGCGUGGAAGCUCACGGCUUUCCAACGCCUCGAGUUCACCUGCGACGACGUCUUGGAUUGCCUAAAGGAGGAGAACAUCAUCGGGAAAGGCGGGGCUGGCGUCGUGUACAAGGGUGUCAUGCCCAACGGUGAACAGGUGGCGGUGAAGCGGCUCCCAGCGGCGAUGAGCUGGGGCUCGUCGCGUGACCAUGGAUUCUCAGCCGAGAUACAGACUCUCGGGAGGAUCCGGCAUCGCCACAUCGUCAGACUACUGGGUUUCUGCUCGAACCACGAGACCAAUCUCCUGGUCUACGAGUACAUGCCCAAUGGGAGCCUCGGCGAGGUUCUUCACGGGAAGAAGGGCGGCCAUUUGCUCUGGCACACCCGUUACAAGAUUGCUGUGGAGGCGGCGAAGGGCCUCUGCUAUCUUCACCACGACUGCUCGCCGCUCAUCCUGCACCGGGACGUGAAGUCCAACAACAUCCUGCUCGAUUCGGACUUCGAAGCCCAUGUUGCAGAUUUUGGUCUCGCCAAGUUCUUGCAGGACUCCGGUACCUCGGAGUGCAUGUCCGCCAUAGCCGGUUCCUAUGGAUACAUUGCUCCAGAAUAUGCAUACACGCUAAAGGUGGACGAGAAGAGCGACGUCUACAGCUUCGGGGUGGUGCUUCUGGAGCUGGUGACCGGCAGGAAGCCGGUGGGCGAGUUCGGCGACGGCGUCGACAUCGUGCAAUGGGUGAGAAGGAUGACGGACUCGAGCAAGGAGGGCGUGCUGAAGAUUCUGGAUCACAGGCUCCCCACAGUGCCUCUGGACGAAGUCAUGCACGUCUUCUACGUCGCCAUGCUGUGCGUCGAGGAACAGAGCGUGGGGCGCCCAACGAUGAGGGAGGUCGUGCAGAUACUCACGGAUCUACCGAGGCCUGCGACGACACAGGGAGAUGACUGUGAGGCGCCCAUCAGGGAAGCACAGAGCUCAUCAUCACCACCACCAGAUCUCCUCAGCAUCUGAAACUUUUGCUCGUUGUUUUGGGUGCAGUGGCACCAUCUUCUUUGUACAUCCUUCAAAUGGUGGGCUUUAGGGUUACUAGUCAAUUUGGCUUC